AUGUCUAAAGUAGUUACCACCAGGGGAGGAGGCCAGACCGAGGCCAGGGCUUCCAUGCAGGCACGGGGGAUAUAUUCCGGCGGGAUGCAGCGGCGGCUAUGUUCAGGCGAAAGCCCAUCCACAAAGUUCCAGACGCGGCACCUCGCCCUGGCAUUAGGCUUUGGCCGUCUAAAGGCUCUGUUGUGCAACAGUUCACCAACAUGCACGACGAGGCGCGCCCACGGAGGCCAGGCCGCUUAA